CCCUGCUUGCUCUCUCUGUGUCUCUCUCCCGUGAUGGCGGAGGACAGUGAGUCCGCGGCCAGCCAGCAGAGCUUGGACCUGGAUGACCAGGACACCUGCGGCAUAGACGGGGAUAACGAGGACGAAGCCGAGCAUGCCAAGGGGAGCCCUGCCGGGGAUCUAGGAGCCAAAAAAAAGAAGAAGAAACAAAAGCGGAAAAAAGAAAAGCCAAAUUCUGGUGGCACAAAGUCAGACUCUGCCUCUGAUUCUCAAGAAAUAAGGACACAGCAGCCUUCAAAAAAUCCAGCCAUUCCAAUGCAAAAACUGCAAGACAUCCAGAGAGCUAUGGAGCUGCUUUCUGCCUGCCAGGGACCCGCAAAGAACCUUGAUGAGGCAAGCAAACGUAAAUACCAGUUUUGGGAUACACAGCCUGUACCCAAACUUAACGAAAUUAUAACAUGUCAUGGUCCUAUUGAGCCUGACAAGGACAACAUACGCCAAGAGCCAUACUCCUUGCCUCAGGGAUUUAUGUGGGACACACUGGACUUGAGUAAUUCUGAGGUGCUAAAAGAACUGUACACUUUGUUAAAUGAAAAUUAUGUGGAAGAUGAUGAUAAUAUGUUCCGAUUUGAUUAUUCCCCGGAGUUUCUACAAUGGGCUUUGCGUCCCCCUGGCUGGUUAUCGCAAUGGCACUGUGGCGUUAGGGUUUCCUCCAACAAGAAACUAGUGGGCUUCAUUAGUGCAGUUCCUGCUUCAAUCCGUAUUUAUGAUACUGUAAAGAAGAUGGUAGAAAUCAAUUUCCUGUGUGUCCAUAAAAAGCUGCGAUCGAAGAGAGUGGCUCCUGUGCUUAUCCGUGAAAUAACAAGGAGAGUAAAUUUAGAGGGGAUAUUCCAGGCAGUUUACACAGCAGGCGUUGUUCUUCCAAAGCCUGUAUCAACAUGCAGGUACUGGCAUCGGUCGCUGAAUCCUAGAAAACUGGUAGAAGUGAAGUUUUCUCAUCUCAGUAGAAAUAUGACGUUACAAAGGACAAUGAAGCUUUACAGGCUGCCAGAUGCCACGAAGACCGCAGGUUUAAGACCAAUGGAGAGGAAGGAUAUUCCAAUGGUUCAGCAUUUACUUAAUGACUAUCUGAAGCAGUUUUACCUUGCUCCUUUCAUGAAUGAAGAGGAGGUUGCGCACUGGUUUCUUCCUCAGGAUCACAUUAUAGACACCUAUGUCGUAGAGAGUUCAAAUGGUGUUCUUACAGAUUUUCUCAGUUUCUACACAUUACCGUCAACAGUGAUGCACCACCCCAUCCAUAAAACUUUGAAAGCAGCAUAUUCCUUCUACAACAUUCACACAGAAACACCUUUGUUGGACCUCAUGAAUGAUGCACUAAUAAUUGCCAAAUUGAAAGGAUUUGAUGUUUUUAAUGCUCUUGAUUUAAUGGAAAACAAAAUUUUCUUGGAAAAGCUGAAGUUUGGGAUCGGAGAUGGAAAUCUGCAGUAUUAUCUGUAUAACUGGAAGUGUCCAGCCAUGGAAUCUGAAAAGGUCGGCUUGGUGUUGCAGUAAGGAGCACAUUUGCAUUCCAUUUGUUGUCAUCCGAUGGGACUCAAGUAGCCUCUGUGCAUGAACAAAAAGCACAAAGUACAUGGAACCAAACGGAGAAGGAUAGGAAACCUGAAAUGAUGAGGAAAUCUUAGAAUCCUGGCAGAUUCUGGCACCACACAGACCUGGGAGAGCGUCGUCAUUAUUCUUAUUUUUCAUGAAGAACUUGUAGAAAAAGAACUAAAGCACAUUCCUUUCACUUUAAAACCUUUUCCUUUGUGGACUGAGCUUCUGGUCUUUAACUCGCCAUCAUUUUUAUACAGAAAACGGCAGAAUGCAUGUAAAAAAAACUCUUUAAGCUUGUUGGUAUCCGCGGCAAAAAAAAAGCAUCAAGUCCUUGGUUCUAAGAAUGCCAAUAAAUCACUGCUUUUCAAGGUAUUGCUGGCAAACUGGAAUUCGAGGAGAGCACUGUCACCAUGGACACUGACGCUUUAAUAUUUGGAUAUUGCUGCUGUACUCUUCCUGGCAUUGUGCUGCUGGCCCUAUUCACCAGAAGAGGGCAUAGAGAUGUAAUUAGCUUUUUCUAUUUAAGUCACAGUGUUACAUUGAAACUAUAAACAUGGUAACUGGCUGGAGCUACCGUUGUGCCAGAAUGAAAGGGUUUCUUUUUUGGGGGUGGGGGGAACUGGUGCUUUAAAAGGUCCAUUUGUGUUUUGCUGGCAUGUAGCUUAAUGCGUUGGUUCCCAAACUUGCUUUCAUCGUUGAGCUAGUGCAUGUUUCUGGGUCAGAUGUUUAAAACACACACACAUGAAUUACUAAGUGUGUAGAAAUUGUACAUGCACCUGCUUUCUGUGGGGGAUAUCCUGUAAACAGGAGAAUACAUCAGGAGGUACCAUCAGUAGAGAUGCUCCAUGUAAAUCCAGGACUUGAUUCCAAUUCCCGUACUGUUGCCAAGAGUCCCAUAAGGGUUCGCCUCUUCAAAUCUAAACUCUGGUUUUCCUGUGACAAUAUAGACAAUCUCUGUUUAAGUUUUGGCUGUUGGUGUUUUUGAAAUACUAUUGCAGUUUUGGUUUAUUAUUAGUAUCCAUGGGUUGCUCCAUGUAGAAUUCAGAACCUUUCAUCUGUUACUUUUUUUUUUAUUCUAAUUGAUUUAGAGAUUAUCCCUGGCUCGUUUACACAGUUUUUUAGGAAGUACAGGGAGUGCAGACCACAAAGAGCAAAGUGAGUCUGGCCCACAGAUGGUACAUGCACACUAUCCUCCCAGUUGGGAAAAGGCUUACACAUAGAAAAAAGGUGGCAACCCUAGCAAUUGCACAAAAAAAAUUUUUUUUGCUCCAUUGUUGCUCCAGCUUGUGGGAUGGGACAAAAACAAGACUCCCCCUCAUUCACAGAAUGAGAAACUGCAAUGUGCCAUGUCCUGUCUAGUUACUGAUGCACCUCUUCCAAUAGACAGGACAAGGGCAUUGCAGUGACUUCCUUUCACUUUGCAUGGGGGAACAUUUUGUCAUUGCGCAGGAGAGGCUAUUAAUGUAUAUGAAGAAAGCAUACGUUUCCUGUAUACAAACCUCUACAGCUCCCUUUUCAGUACAAGUAUCUCACAUUUUAAUUUUAUCCAAAAUGAAUCCAUCCGGGUAGUUUAUAUGAAGUGUGCACACAUAGGCUGGAGAUGUAGAAUGAAUUCCACAUGCAAAUGUACCCUACGUUGACUGGGCCACAAUGAGCAACAAAAUAAUAAUUAACCAAAAAUCUCUCCCUAAAAACAAUGUCUAGCCAAGUAGAUUAGUAUUGUGGAGAUCUGCUUAAAAUAUAAAAAUGUUGUAGCUACUGUGUUUGCAUAGUGUACUGCGCUGAUAAUAAGAGCAGCCUACAUACUAAUACAACCUCUAGAUGUUUUUAGAACAGAGCAUGGAUCCCUUGUUUCCAAAGCUUGUUCUGUGUGGAUA